AAACCCAACUGCAGGUUUCUCUCUCUCUCUCUCUCUCUCUACAGAGCUAGCUGCCUGCCAGCAUACACAUACAGACAUCAUCAACAUGGCGCUACUUGAAUUAGCAAAGCGAUAAGGCUUAAAAGUUCAUGGCGAGAUGGAGUAUAUGGUAUGGUAUGGUAUGGUAAGGUAUGCAGUUGGGUAUUUAUAUGAGGCUACGAUGGAUAUGAGGGGUUCCUGGAUUUCUUUUUAGCUUUUGUUGUUUUGUUAGCAGUAGCAGUACUAGUCUUUGCUGCUGGGCUGGGCUGGGCUGAUUUCGGUUAAAGUGAGGAGGUAGAGAGGAUUUCCUGGGUGUUUUACUUGCUUAAAGCUACCUGGUUUUGCACCUAUCUCUUCCCUUCCCACCGUUUCUUUCUUUCUUUCUUUCUUUUCAUUUCCCUGCCCCCUUCUCUACAUACCCACCUUUCCAUCCACCUUCACAUACUUACAUACAUAUGUGUGUAUAUAUAUAUAUAUAAAUAUGUAUACAUGAAUUCUUCUGUUUCUUUCUUCUUCCUCCUCUUCUUCUCCAAGCUAGCUAGCUAGCUUGGGGAAUAUUUCCUCUUUUGGGUAUAUUUCCCAUCUGAGUUUAACUAUUUUAAAUGCAUUAUUUCAUUAUUUUAGCUAUCUAGCUACCUUUUAUAUUGAAUUUGAAUUGGAAAUUAUAUGUAUAAGUGUAUGUGUAUGUGGGCGGGUUAAUUUGUGCGUGUUGAAGAAGCUAUAAUCUAGUUAAGUUUUGUUUCAAAUUUUAUGAUCCUUAAUGAAUCUUUCAUUACUUCGAGGCUGAUUCUUCUUGAUGCUUCUCUGAUCAAGAAUACAUAUAUAUUCAUGAGUGCGUUGAUGUGUGUGUGUGUGUUUUUUUUUUUCUUUACUUGGAUUUUGAGGGUUAUGGAGGCCCAUCCUAACAUACCCAUCAACUUAUUUUCAUUUUUUUUUUUUUCUGGUCAACAGAAGAUCGGGCAGUCUUAAUCAAACUGAUUUUGCUUCAUUCUGCAAAAGGGUAUUGCCUUAAAUCAAAGCUUUCAGCUUGAGAUCGAUCGAGAGGGUUCAUCAAUUGGAUCAUCAGCUGCUUGCAGAAGAGUUCUACGGGAAAAACUCUAAAGAUGAGAUUACUAUAGCAGAUUUUAACUAAAGGAAAGAAGACAUAUAAGGUCUCUUUAGUACUUUGGUUGAAUUGAAAGAGCGAGAGAGCUAUAGAUAUCUAUAUAGAGCCAUGAACAAGAAUCAGUUGGGUUCCAUCAGCAGCUCUGAACUCAUUGAUGCAAAGCUUGAAGAGCAUCAGAUGUGUGGAUCCAAGCAGUGCCCUGGUUGCGGACACAAGCUCGAAGGAAAGCCGGACUGGUUAGGUCUGCCAGCAGGUGUGAAAUUUGAUCCAACUGACCAAGAACUGAUAGAACACCUUGAAGCAAAGGUAGAAGCCAAAGACUCUAAACCCCACCCUUUGAUUGAUGAGUUCAUACCUACAAUUGAAGGAGAAGAUGGGAUUUGUUAUACCCAUCCUGAGAAACUUCCAGGGGUAACAAGAGAUGGCUUAAGCAAGCACUUCUUCCACAGACCAUCCAAGGCCUAUACCACUGGAACAAGAAAGCGAAGGAAAAUUCAAACCGAAUGUGAUCUGCAAGGAGGGGAGACACGGUGGCACAAGACAGGAAAGACGAGGCCGGUCAUGGUGAAUGGCAAGCAAAAGGGGUGCAAGAAAAUCCUAGUCCUCUACACAAAUUUUGGGAAAAAUCGAAAGCCUGAAAAAACCAACUGGGUGAUGCACCAGUACCAUCUGGGUAUGCUUGAGGAAGAGAAAGAGGGAGAACUCGUGGUUUCGAAGAUAUUCUACCAGACACAGCCGAGGCAGUGCAACUGGUCCGAUCGAAGCGCAACAACUGGCGAAGGAAACAGUGAACUGAUAAGCCGAAGAGAUAGUGGGAGUGGGAGUUGUUCUUCCAGAGAAAUAAUCACACAGCGGGAUGAAUUGUCUGGAGCUGGGGUUGGUGCUGCAUUGUCAAGUACUUACAGUGCCAUGGAUAUUCAACAAUUGAAAUCUGAUCAUUUCAGCUUCACCCCGUUUAGGAAAAGCUUUGAUGAGGUGGGCAUAGGAGAGGCUUCAACAGGAAGGGAGCCCCCGGCACCGGUGAUGGGCGAAGAGCACGAAAUGCGUGAGCAGAGAGCACAUCAUAUGACACAAGACCAGCAUCACCACCACCACCACCACCACGGUGGCAGCCACCAUCAUCACCACCAGCAGAUCGCGACGACAGCCUUCCACAUCAGCAGGCCUUCACUCCCCAUCUCCACCAUCAUCUCUCCACCUCCCCUUCACCACACAUCCAUCAUUCUUGAUGAGGACUCUUACCAUGUCUCCAGAAUAAUGCUCCAAAAUGAAAAUUUUCAGCAGCAACAGCAACAGCAGCAGCAGCAGCAGCAUCAUAAACCAGUGGGUGGAAGGUCUGCAUCUGGUCUGGAAGAGCUCAUAAUGAGUUGCAGUAGUACUCCAUCGGAUAUCAAAGAAGAGACAGCGACAAAUAUGACAAACCCAGUACAGGAGGCAGAAUGGUUGAAGUACUCCUUCUGGCCAGACCCUGCAGCUGACAACUCGGAUCAUCAUGGGUAGAAGCGAAAAAUAUUAGAAGACAUCAAUUAGUAAUAAUAAUGAACCCAAAACCCUUACAGACGACAGACACACAACAAAUUAAACAUCAUUAUUAUCAUCAACAUUUCUACUUGAAGCCCUUCCUGAUCCGAUCAUCACUCACCCAUGCAUGCCCAUGCCCCCAUGUUCUUCUUUUCAGAAAUUGAAGCUAGCUAGCUGGAGCCCAAGAAAUUAAACAUGCAUAUCUGUUAGCUUGUUCUCCCUACUUUUCUUUCUUCUUCCUUUGUUUUUUUUUUUUUUCUCAUCUCCCGGGGCCGGGGGGGGGGGUGCCCAGCAGAACUAACCGUACCAGAAACCCAUGUCGAAGAGAGAGAGAGAGAGAGAGAGAGAGAGAGAGAGAGAGAGAGAACAAAAGGAAAAAGAAAGAAAAGAAAAGAAAGCAGCAGGAAAGGCUGAUCUAGCUCUACUGACAAUAGAAGGAGAACCAAAGACCCAAAGCAAAUCCGCCUGCCUAUAUCAUGCAUGCAUCAAAAUCAUCACCAUUUUCAUUAAAUUACACAGUAUUUUCCCUCUUUAUGUUCUAGCCUUGCUUAAUUAAUUGUUAUUAAUUUGUUUAUUUUUAAUCCUUUGUACGUAUAGCUUCUUUUUUCUCUUAAUUGUAUUUCUUUUUAUUCAAUUAAAAGGGAAUAUACCACAGGUUUUGUGCAAAUUGCAAACAGAAAUUAAGUACUAUUUGUUAACUGUAACUUUGUUAAUUGUAAUAUUGUUGUUAAUUAAGUUGCUCUUUAUUGUGAA